AUGAUGAAGUGCACUGUACCAAAAAAUGGUGAUCUAAAUUCCUUAAAAGGCAGGAAUUUUGGUUUUGUGAUUGAAGAAGACAAGAUGGUGUCUUUUCAAAAUAACACCAAUAUGGAAACAGUGAGCUCCUGUGAAAAGAUCCCCAUGGAAGUUCUUUGUGAACCAAAGAAUAUCUGCAAGGCCUUCCAGGAUAUUUCUACAUACUUCUCUGAUGAAGAGUGGGGAAAGCUGACUGAAUGGCAGAAAAGUGCCUACGUGUACAUGAAAAGAAACUACAUCAGAAUGACUGACCUAGGGGUCACCGUGAACCAACCAGUUUUCAUGCGUGGCAAGGAUCAGGACAAGCAAUGCCUGGUCGAAGGCAUUGAAGUUCAUGACAGUAAUGAAACUGGUGGCAUUCAGGUCAAUGUUUGGAGCCACCGGCUGCGAGAGAGGAAGUAUCGAGUGAUAUAUUCAGAGAUUAGUGAUCCUGAAGAGGAAGAAGACGAUUAUUACUGAACCAACAGUCAAAAUAAGCCCACGGUGGAAGAAGGAUAGAGUGGCGAUUCAACAUCACAGCUACAGCUUUGAAAGACUACGUAUCAGCAGUAUGGAUACAUACAU